AUGGCAUCCCAAGCGGCACCCAAUGUGCCUGUUUAUUCUGGCAAUGACCUGAAAUCGACAACAGACGAUGCCCUGGCACCAUAUCUGACUACCCUUCCCCAGCCUUACACCUUUGCUCAGGACCACUCGAAGACCAACGUCCGCUUCAUCUUGGGAUAUUCAGCAGUCAUAAUUGCAGGGUUCACAUUCUACGCUGACCGCAAGCUCGGGUGGGAAGCGACACAAUCAACAUGGGUCCUAGCUGCAGUGGCUUCAUACUUUAUCUUGAACACCUUUCUCACAUACUGGAUCUGGGCUGUGGAGGCCGGUGAGGUCUUCAGAGGGACGAGAAAGUCGGGCGAAACCAUUUCCAUCAGCUCCUCGUGCAAGAAACACUCCCCACUCUACAAGAUUCGCGUCCAGUACAAAUCAUCGUCAAGCAAGAUCCUUCAGGAAAAGGAGGCCGAGGCACCGUUCACCACUUGGUUCUCUGCGAAUGGAGCCUUCCACCCGGAGCCUCUUCGACAAUGGCUGGCAAAUGAGGUCGAGGUCUUGCGCCUUGCCGCCAAGGAAAGAAAGUGA